AUGAGCAAAAUAAAAACUGAAAUUGCUGCUGCCUUGGCAAGUAAUUUUGGUAAGAACAUUGAUGCCAAAGUUAUUUCUGCCCUCGGUAAUGAAAGCACCAGCUUGUCCAUAAGCCAGAUAAAGUCUUUGAAGCCUUCAGACUUGGUGGAUUCUCUCAACAUUCUCAGCAAUGUGAUUGGUUGGAGAAAAGGACAGGCCAAAGCCAUUGUCCUGUCUUUGCUGUCGUCAGGAUUUGUACAGAUCAACAGUUCAGCCUCGCUGCUAAACCUGGGCUCCCUCAUCUCUGGCGUACCAUCAACUGUGUUCAGCAGCAUCAGCGGCUCUGAUCUUGUCACUGUAUCCAGAAACCCCUCAGUCCUGUUCUACAUCCUGUCUGCUCCACAGAUUGUUCAGCUGACUUUUGUGAUAAAGAUUAUAUAUUUAAACACCAACAGUUUGCAGAUCAUAGAAAAUGUUCCAGAUAAUUUGGCCACUGAGAUUCCUGGAGUUUACCUGUUGCAGUUCCCAAAUGACAUCAGCACAGUUAUCAGACUAAAUAGAAAGAAAUGGAAACCCCAACAGGUUGCAUUGUUCUUUGAUAUAAUUGCAGCAAACUCUGAGAUUGCUGAGCUGGGAGGUCCAAACAACUUGUCCUCCUCUGUGCUACAAGGGUUUACAUGCACAACAGUAAGAUCUUUAGGAAAAAGGCAAAUCAAGAAUCUGAUUAAAGCCUGUCGGAGAAAAGGGACAAACAAGGUUCCAUUGGUGGAGACUCAGUUGACCUGCAUGUACAACCAAAUCAAAGAAGAGUCGGAUGCCACCAGCUUUUCCCUCUAUCCUCCAGAUGUGUUGCUUUACUAUGAUUACUCUCUGGUGCCACGGAGCAGCUGCAGGUCUUAUUUUCAAGAGUUGGCUGAUGCCGACUUCUCCAUCUUUUCUUCAGCACUGACAUACAGACGGUCUGCUUUGUUUGAUAAUGCAAGGAACUGCUUGGUGAGUCUAGAGCAAGACCAACAAAUUUGAAGACAAAAAUCCUUUCAAUCAUUUACUU